GCUGUUCGAGAAACUUCCGGAAGCGGCGGGGCGGAAGUGACGGCGCGCGCUGGCGGCGCUUCCUGUUUGCGGCCGCUGCCGUUUGUCCCGGCGGGAGCCGCGGGAGGGGACGGGCGCGAGCGGCGGCCGCGCUGAGGAGCCACCGGCGGGACUUGAAAGACUUGGCUGCUGUUACCAAGACAACUUGUGAAACAUGGUGGAUUACUAUGAAGUUCUGGGAGUGCAGAAACAUGCCUCAGCAGAGGAUAUCAAAAAAGCGUACCGUAAAUUGGCACUAAAAUGGCACCCCGAUAAAAAUCCAGACAAUAAAGAUGAGGCGGAACGGCAAUUUAAGCAAGUAGCUGAGGCCUAUGAAGUCUUAUCAGAUGCUAAAAAACGUGACAUCUAUGACAGAUAUGGAAAAGAAGGCCUAAUAAAUGGAGGUGGAGGUGGAAAUCAUCAUGAUAAUCCAUUUGAUUUUGGAUUUACAUUCCGCAACCCAGAUGAUGUCUUCAGGGAGUUUUUUGGCGGACGGGACCCCUUUUCAUUUGACUUCUUUGAAGACCCUUUUGAGGACUUCUUUGGAGGCAGGCGGGGUCCAAGGGGAAGCAGAAACAGAGGCGGUGGAGGAUCAUUUUUCUCUGCCUUUGGUGGAUUCCCUGCUUUUGGAAGUGGUUUCUCUCCAUUUGACGCAGGUUUUACUUCGUUUGGCUCACUGGGACAUGGAGGCCUUACUUCAUCGUUCUCCUCUACAUCAUUUGGUGGCAGUGGGAUGGGAAACUUCAAAUCAGUAUCAACCUCAACUAAAAUAGUUAAUGGCAGAAAAAUUACUACAAAGAGAAUUUUUGAGAAUGGACAAGAAAGAGUAGAAGUUGAAGAAGAUGGCCAGUUAAGGUCGCUAACAAUAAAUGGGGAGGCAGAUGAAGAAGCGUUUGCCGAGGAGUGCAGACGGAGAGGACAACACGCGCUGCCCUCCCAGCCGACCCCCCUUCGCCUGCUGAAGUCUCACAAGUCUGCCAGCUGCCCCCGCUUUGCCAGCCAUUACAAUAGUGAUGAGGUGGAAGAACAAGAUAAAAGCCGGGUUACGAGCAGCUUCGAGGCCCCUUUUUAUUUAUCAGGCUGCCAGCAAGUUGGAUUUUACUGCAAGUUUGGAGGAAAAGGUGUGAUGCCGAGCAAGAACUGCUUUUCACACAUCUCCGUGGGGGAUACAAAGAAGGCAGCAAGAGGAGGAAGCAGAAGCAGAGAGAGGAGCUGAAGAAGAAGAAGUCAACCAAAGCGAGUUACUAAAAUGGACUUCUCUGCUAUGCCAAUACCUUUAUAAUAAUGACAACUUCAUGUUACCUUCAAGCACACCUCUUUUGUGUAUAUUUUUUGAUUGUUCACACUGCUACCAAGGAAGUGACUCAUGUUUAAAACUGUACUAAAAUUGCACUAUGUUAUUCCUUUUAGUUUCACGGAGUGGCUUUCUUGCCCGUUCAGGUUAGGGAAUUCAGACAAGGCUGGUCGUGGUUAGAAGUGUGUUGUUUGAAGAUUGGAAAGUGUUACAGGAUUUCUUACCUCUUCCUUCCCUGGGACUAAGACAACACUAGUCUAGUAUUUGUUAUUUGUCCUGUAGGAUAUAAAAGGCAAAUGCCUGCUUGUUUGGUCACUGGCAUCAACAUCAGGUCUGUUGAAAGCAGAGUCCUGUUCACUCAUGUUAUUGGGAGUGGGACUGAGAUAUGAGCUCUUUUAGGGUAAUUUAUGCAAGAUUAAUAAGUGACUUUUAUGGUUGGGUUUUUUGGUUUUUUUUCCCCCAGGCUGGGCAGUUCUGCCCCUGCUAUUAUAAUGUUCCCUCAUAUUAAGUUGUACCAUGAAGUUAUAUCCUCUGAUUUUAAGACAUGUAGUGUAAUGAUGGUCUCCUGUAAGCACUCCUACUGAUUUUUCUAGGCUUAGUUGACUCCUGAUGAAUCAUUUAGUGAAAUCAUUCCUUAUUUUAAAAGUUUAUUUUCAGAACCUAGAGACAAAUCAUCCAAGUGCUACUUUAAAACUGCUCUUGGUUUCUUCUGAGUAGGUUUUAGAUAACAAACAUUUUUUCAGCAUCCAUUUUAGAUUUUAUCAACUUGUUUCUGCAAAAAACUUAUACCUUUAUGUAUGAAGGCAUUUUACAUCGGUUUUAUUGCAGGACUAAUUUUUUUUAGCUUGAAAAGAUGUCUUAGAUCUAAAAUAAAUACACAUUUCCUGGCAAGAUGACUUCCUUGCUUCCCAUACUUGUCUCAUGUGCAUGACACAUUGCUUCUCAUAACCUUUUAGUGUGUACAGAGCCCCUCUGUUGCCUUAAGCAUUUACCUGCAUGUUUCUUGUCAGUGUGUUGUCUCCUUUUUUUAACCUCCAGGUAGGAGUUAGCAGCUUAUGGUUUUGUUUUGUUUCUUUUGUCUUCCUCUUGCCAAUAUGUUGUUGAUGUAACAGCCUUAAACCUGGCAAUAUUGAAAAUCCACAGUUCCUGGAGAAGCUCACUCAUCCUAACGUUUCAAAGAUGUAGGAAUGCACAUAAUUGUGUAAGAGAGGAGCUAAACAGAAAAAGCCAAGUCUGCAUUCUAGCAUGGUUUGAUAUAACAAAUUCUGGUGUCUCUGGUAUUGGAAUGGUUUAGCUUCAAUUCCCCAAUGUAACCCUCUGCAGGCACCACAUAACAUGCAAUAACCAUUUGUGAACUCUCUUAGGGUCUGUAAAUUACGGUUAAGAUCAAGUAAGGACCGAGUACCGGUUUUCUGUCACUUAAGUACCACUUUUUUUUUGUGGAGUGUUACUAAUAUUUAAAAAUAAAGAAAAUCUUCCUUUA